UUUCCCUUCCUUACCCCCAGAAUCUGCAGGAGGUGAGUGUACCCAUCGUGUCCAACGAUGAAUGUAACACUGCCUACGGCGGAAAAAUCACAAGCAACAUGAUCUGUGCCGGAGUGGCCCAGGGAGGAAAGGACUCCUGCCAGGGGGAUUCAGGAGGACCGUUGGUGACUACAACCAGCUCGACCUGGGUCCAGGCUGGAGUAGUGAGUUUUGGAGAACUCUGCGCUCAACCUAAUUUCCCAGGAGUCUAUACCCGAGUGUCCCAGUAUCACUCCUGGAUCAACAGCCAUAUCACUACCGACCAGCCGCGCUUCGUCUUCUCUGGAACCGUUAACCUGGUUUCCCUCUCGCUUCCUCUGCUGCUGUCCAUCGAGCCGGUUCUCUUCUCCCUCUUUCUCCUUUCAUAGAAAAUUUAAUGCACCAGGAUGGUGUCCAAAUCUGUCUCAUAUUUUUUUGCCUUUUGAGAUUAUUUUAUUUUACGACAAGCAACAAAAUCUGCUCCUGGAGUCAAAUAUUUCCACCUGUUUCCAGCUCGGCUUCUUGUGCUGAAGGAGUUUUUACAGAAAAGAGUCGAUAGAGGAGAAGAGAAACUGGUGUAAUGACACCUGAUUUAAAAAACAAGGGCUUCAACAAGCAAAUGUUUUCAUUACCGAUUAAUCUGCUGAUUAUUUUCUCCAGUGAUUGAUUCAUCAUUCUGUCUCUUUCCCUGUUCUGUCUACAACUUACUGGAUGUUUUGCACAAAAGAAUAUAGAAGUUUAUAUAAUGUUAAAGCUUGGUUUUGUAUUUUCUCAAUAAUUGAUUUAUUUUUUCAGUCAUUUUAUAA